AUGCUACCUCGACUAGUUUUAUGCGACCCCGUUGCAUACGAGAAUGAGUGCAAAGCGAUGUUUGACGGCGUCGCAGAAGUUCUGUCUGCAAAUCGUGACGACUUCAUUCGCUCCCUUCAUCCUGGAGGCCAGCUGGAACGCGCGAUCGGGCUCUUCGAGCGCAACCAGUCCAUCGGACGCAUUGGUCGCUUCGACGAGGAGCUGAUCAGCAGGCUUUCUCCCACUAUCAAGUGGAUCGCGCACUUGGGUGCGGGCUACGACAAAGUCGACGUCGUCGCUUGCAAGGAGCGUGGAAUUGGUGUCUCAAAUACCCCCGGAGCUGUCGACGACGCGACAGCGACCACCGCGCUCUACCUGCUGAUAUCUGCGUUGCGAGGCUUCUCCGCGGCUGAGCGGAGCUUGCGUGCAGGUAACUGGAAGAGAUCCCAUUCUGCUGCAACCGCGCACGACCUCACCGGGCGUACCGUCGCCGUCCUCGGAUUAGGCGGCAUUGGACUACGUUUCGCCGAACUAGUCCAUGCGUUCCCAAUGCGCGUCCUCUACCACAACCGGCGAAAGGUCACGACCGCACCGGAGUGGUGCGAGUACUAUGACAAGGAUCACUUCGACGAUAUGCUCGCACAGGCAGACGUGCUCAGCGUCCAUGUGCCGUUCACAGAGGAGACGCGGAACAUUGUCGACGACAGGAUGAUUCGCAAGCUGAAGAAGGGUGCUGUGAUCAUCAACACAGCACGCGGACAGGUCAUCGACGAAGAGGCCAUGAUGCAGGCUCUCAAGGACGGCCACCUAUCUGCCGUUGGUCUUGAUGUCUUCUACAACGAGCCGAACAUUGACCCGCGUUGGUACGAUAUUCCCAACGCGGUUCUGCUUCCCCACGUAGGGACAGCUACUGCAGACAGCGUCAAGAAGAUGGAAUUACGCGCUCUCGGGAAUUUGCGUGAUUUCGUCCUUGUGGGGAAAGGAACAGACCUCGUACCGGAGCUGAGGUAG